AUGCGUCUGGCAAUUAUUCUGUCUGCUACGGCUGUCGCCAUUUCUUUUGCAACCUGCAGUGCAAUAGACCAAACCAAGGUCCUAAUGUAUGGGACUCCAGCUCACUACAUACACGAUUCUGCCGGCAGAAGACUUCUUCGCAAGAACGGAGAGAACAAAGAAACAUCUGAGGAGCGAGCCCCAAUUUCAAUUUGGCGAAUUUUAGUGAGGAGAUGUUUAAGGUGGCUGCGUUGA